UAAAAAUCUUUUUAAAUAAGUAAAGGAUAUAAGGUUCUCUCACAACCACAAAUGACGAGAACGACAUUACUUCUUCAUCAUUAUCUCUCUCUCUCUCUCUCUCUCUUACACGCAAGCGCACAAACCAUUUUCACUCGUUCAUCCAUUCCACAAAAGUCACAAACAGAAACAAACUACAAAAGAUAGAAAAUUUAUAAUUUUUCUUUUUUUAAAAAAAUUCUAUUGAUAAUGCUCUUACGUGGCAUCAUCUCCAGUCCUCCCCCCACCUCUGUGGGGCUUCGCCUCGCAACCCCAACUCAUCCUCGAAACGUCAUCGUUUCAUCCCAACCACCAUCCUCCGCCGGCGGCUACCAACUCUCGGUGUCCGACGAGGUCCUGGAGUCACGCGGCUUCGUCCUCCGGCGGAGUGCGGAGGGCCUGGAUCUGGACUCGCUGAACGGCGUGUUCGUGGCGGUGGGAUUUCCGCGGCGGGACCCGGAGAAGAUUCGGGUGGCGCUGGAGCACACGGAGUCACUGCUGUGGGUGGAGCAGCGGAAGACGCCGCGGCAGCCGGUGGCGUUUGCGAGGGCGACGGGGGACGGUGUGUUUAACGCGAUCAUAUGGGACGUGGUGGUGGACCCCUCCUUCCAAGGAAUUGGUCUGGGCAAGGCCAUUGUGGAGAGGCUCAUUCAGGAGCUCUUGCGCAAAGGGAUUUCCAACAUCGCGCUCUAUUCGGAGCCCCGUGUUCUCGGGUUCUAUAGGCCCUUGGGUUUUGUUGCCGACCCGGAUGGGAUCCGAGCUAUGGUUUACUCCAGAAAACCAAAGAAAAAAUAGGAUCAUUUAUUAAUUUUUAAUAAAAUAAUUA